AUGUCGAAGAAAGUACUCCUCCGGCCGGCGUCGUCUCACCGGAGGCAACCGCUUCUGCAGCAGAGCCACGGUGGUUCCGGGAAGGCCGGGACGCGGAUGGGGGAGGUGGUGGGGGGAACCGCCGCCGUGUGCUGCUGUUGUCCCUGUGGGCUUGCCAACAUCAUGUACCUGGCAAUUUACAAGGUUCCGGCGAGCCUGUGCCUGAAAGCGCUGAAGAAUAAGCGGCGCCGGAAAAUUCAGAACAAAAGGGAAGGGCUGUUUCCUCCGCGACGGAGAUGCACGUGCGGCUGCUCCGACCACAUCGGCGUUCAGGUGGUUCAGUCCUCGUGCAAAAAUGGCGAUGAUGACGUGGCAUGUGUGAAGUCUGAGAAAGAGGACAAGGAAGUUAUGGAGCUUGAGAAGGAGAUGAGGGAUAGGUUUAACAGCACUGGGUUUUGGAGAAGUUCUUCUCAGCGAGAAUCCUCAACAUGUAGCACUGUUUCUUCUGUUUCAACAUUGUAA